GGGCCGCCCAGUGUCCAGAUGCAGCGGGAUAAUCGAGGUUUGCUGGGGGUGGGGGCUAAGAAUAUAUAACGGGAGGUAUAGCCUGUUUGUUUCCGAACUUCUUUUGCGAAGCUGUAAGGUCUACAGAGAAUGAUUUGCAGUGAUUGAACCAGAAUUGAAUACAGCAAAUGAGGUGGCAGCAUUAUCCUAAAAUGAACUCUCUACUUCCUAUAUUUGUGAUUCUAGGAAGCCUCCAUGGGGCACCAGUAAAAAUUAAUUGGGAUCGGUUAGGACAGGAAGACCAUCUAAUUGACGUGCACACUGCUUUAUCAGAGAUGACAUCACUUUCUAGCUCACGUCAUCCAAUAAGUGCAUCCUCGGCUAAAUGUCUACCUGUCAAGUCUACUGCUUCACCUGGCAAGUCUGAGGCUCAGGAAACUGAGUUUCAAUUGCAGCUUUCUGGAGAACAUCUAACCAUAGCUGAGGGCUUUAAUGAACUGAAUCCCUCUUCUGCAAAGAGCAGUGGACCUGACAGUAAAGAAACUUUGUACACUCCUAGCAUGCAUGCACUAAAUGUGAUGCCAAAAUUUGUAUCUACACACACACCAGAAAUUGCAACAAAUUCAGGGGCCAAUGCUUUGGGUUCUUCCUCUACUGAGCACUUCCUACCAGGGUCUUCCAUUGAAGAUGAGAGAGCUGCUCCCAAGGUGACCCCCUCUAUGCAUAAAUUUGCAACACAGCUAGAAUUUAAAUCUGAGGGAACUCCUACACUUGAUGUAACAGACAACUUGCAAAAUGUACCUACACUAAACAGCACUGAUACUUCUGAUACAAUGAAGUCUCGUGCUAGAUCUUCAGAGUUUAGCGCAGUUGGCUGGGACUCCACCUUUGAGCAGCACUCUACACCUCUGCAGUCUGCUGACAAUACGGGGCCAUCCAAUAGCUCUGAGAACUGGCAAAUGCCAGAUCAUCCAGAGGAUGAAUCAUCUGCCUCAGUUUCAAUCAGCCGGUCUCCAGGUGUUUCUGACACCAACAGAGCUGCUUCAUUUGUUUCCAUUACCCAGGCAUCAGAUGUUCAUGAAGCAAACUCCAUGGCCGCACCAGGCUCCUAUGGACUUGCAGAUAUUUCAGUGUCCUCCACAGAAUCUAUUUCAACUAACCAGGUGCCAGAUGUUUCAAACACUUGGCUGUCAGGUAUUUCUGAGGAUGAAUAUGCAACAUCUGUUUCUAUUCAAGCACCAGAUAUGUCUUGCCUGUUCUCCAGUCAUACUCCAGAUGUUUCUCCAUUCUCUAUGGCUGCAUCAGUUUCAGAAGAUUGGUUGUCAGAUGUUUCUGAAUACACAGAUGCUUCGACUGUUUCCAUUGCGCAUGUUCCAGAUGUUACUAUCACGUACUCGACAGCUGCAUCUGUCCACAGUGACCAGACUCGGAACAUAAUUGAAUUGUACUCUACCAGUCAGACUCCAGGUGUUUCAGAAUUCUCCAUGGCAACAUCUAUUUCAGCACAGAUGCUGGCAGAUGGUUUUGAAUACACCACAGCUGGCCUGGCUCCAGAUUUUGAAUAUGUCACAUCUGUUCCACCUGUUUCUGACAAGAGUUCAGCUGAUGCUGAUAGUUCAGCUUGUGUUUCUACCCUGACUCCAGAUGUUUCUGCAUUCUCCACAACUGCAUUAGGUUCAAAGUGGUCAUUAGAUACUUCUGAGUACACAACUGCCUCGUCUGUUUCUGUUCAGGAUCCAGAUGUUUCUGACAUGUACUCAACGGCUGCUUCUGUUUACAGUGAUCAUUCUUCUGUGUCUGACCUAUAUUCUACUAGUCAAACCCCAGAUGCUUCCACACACUCCACGGCUGCAUCAGCUUCAGGCUGGUGGCUGGCAGAUGUUUCCGAAUACUCAACAGCUGCUUCAUCUGUUACUAACCUAGCUCUAGAUCAUUCUGCAUACUCCAUAACUUUUGUCACUGAUGAGACUUCUGUGUCUAUUGCCACAAAUCACACUCCAGAUGUUUCUGAUGCAUAUUCUACAGCUGCUUCUAGUGAUUCUACUCGAUGGCUACCAGAUGUCUCUGACUUCUCCACAGCUGCCUCAUCUGUAACCGGCUGGGUAUCAGAUGUUUGGUUGACUGAUAACUCCAAGGUAGGAACAUCCAUGGCAUUACCACAUACAAAGCAAACUACUCUGAAGAAAACUAAUGCUACUGAGCUAACUAGUUCGGAGUAUCCCUCUGCCACUCUGUCCCCCACCAGCCUUCUGACCUCUGAGGCUUCAUCUCCUUCCAGCUGGGGUACAAAACAUUCUGGAAAACAAUUUGCUUUAUUGACCAAUACCAGCUCCUUUGAUCCUUCCACAAGUUCACCAAUUGAUGGGAUCUACAUAAGACCAACUAACUCUAUAUUGCAACCCUUUACCAAGGCAACUGCUAUUGGAACAAAACGAGGCACCAGUGUUUUUGAAUUUGAGUUGAGUGAAAAUGCAUCCUAUUCACUGACUGGGCAGAGUACUACAAUAAUCCAGGCACCUCUUCUAUUGCAGUUUACAAUCCUGAAUCAAAAUUACACAGAUUCUUUGAGUGACAGGUCUUCAGAAGAUUACAAAGAUCUAGAAACUGUUGUGAAAAGAACUCUGGAUGCCAUUUUCCAUACUCAGUAUGGUGACAACUUUCUUGGAAUUGAGAUACUUGGUUUCAGGAAUGGGUCUGUUAAAGUAGAGUGUGAAGUGGUGUUCCAGGAGGAGGCUGCUGUGCCCACUGGUUCUCAUAUUGUUCGGACAGUGCUUACUCAUCUGUACCAUAAAGAUCAGAUUCCAAUGGAAUUGAUAAUUGAUGCCAACUCUGUUGCUUGCAAUGGCUACAGUCUAACACAUCUAAACCCUGAGGUGCUACUCAUUGAAUUUACAGCCUUAAGCACAGGUUUUGGCCCAUGGUCCAAUGAACCAACAUUUCUUCCUGAUGUGCUUCAAAACUUGAGCAGAUGGGUUGUAGCAACGCUAGAAGAAAAGUAUGUUGUCCAAGAGUUUAAUAUUGGAAGAGUUGUACCUAUCCAAGGAGAUGUGAAUAUUCAAGGAACAGCACUUGUGAAUACUCCAGUACAUGUUGACAAUGUGAAGGUAUUGGUGCUGCUGAACAAUCUUGUUAAUACAUCUGUGGAUCUGAGGUCCCUGAAAGUAAACGGAUCCAGUGUGAACUUGGGAGUCCUUCCAAUUUCUUUUGUAAUUGAAAACCGAGAGUAUAACACUACACUCAGAGAUUCACGAUCUGCAUAUUUUUGCAGUCUGGGCAAAGCUGUUACUGAAGCAUUGCAGACAAUUCUAAAGCCAAAAUACAGCCACUUUGUACAAGCAGUGAUAAAACAUUUUGGGCAUGGAUCUGUGAUCUCAACAAGUGACCUGGUAUUCCAAAAUACCCUGCCAGCAAGCCAUGAGGUGUUGGAUAUGUUCUUCAACUUGGUUAAUGCAAAUGGUUUUCUGAUGGGAACAGAUUUUAAAGUGGAUGCUUACUCCUUCACUGUUGGUGAUGCAAGACUGGAUAGACCAUAUGAACCCACUCAUUUCCCUGCCUUUGGGAUUGCACUGAUAGUGUUGUUCAGCCUGGUGAUCAUCGCUGUCCUGGUUGUGGCUUUUCUGUGUUGGAAAUACACUUUCUGUGCUGCAUGUCAAGAAAGCUUUGUAUGCCGUGAAUGGAAUGUGGACCAUGAGAAUAAGAGCCUGCAAUUACCACUGCCAGAGAUAAAACUGGAAAGUUACAGACUCCAUGAAGUGCAUGCCAAUUAUUCAUUUGAGUCUUGAAUGCCUUCAAUCAAAAUCUGGGGAUGUCAAAGAUUGAACCAAGCCUGAUUUUUUUUUUUUCCCCCUCAUUAGAUGAGAAUUUAAGGAACUAGAAUUGGUGCCCAGGUCAAACUGCAGUCAAAGUUCCCUGGUAUCUAUCACCCCUUUCUCCCUUGAACUCCAGUCUUGCAAUAUUGUUUGUGAUACUUAAAACUCCUGUAGUUGCAGUAUCCCAUUUUCAAAUGGUGGUCACUUAUUGCAAGGUUUGUCCAUUGCAGUUUGGAUUUGUUGGUUCUAUUGCUGCAGUAAGGUACAAUGAAGUGAAAAUGGAAGCCUUUUCCUCCCCUUCCUGGUGUUGAGGUUUCAUUAUUAAUGUACAGUAAAUUGGAUUUUACUAUGGGCUGAAUUAGACUUAUUUUUCUAGGCUUUGUCAAUUUUGGGUUUUGGUCAAUAUUCAGAGGUGGUUGGAAUUGGCUUGGGAAAAAUGCCACACUGGUAGUUGGAUAAGAAUGGAUUUUUGAGCAUCUGGUUUAUUUCCAAAUUAGAGGGCAUUAUGGUGAUGCAUUUGGCAGCAGGUGUUAAUGUUAAAUAUAGUUUAAACAAUGUGGUAUUGUUCCAGAUUUAUCAAAAGCUAAAUCAAAUGUUCAUUUGAUAAUAGCCCCUUUGAACUAUUAAAUGUGCUUCCACAUGGAGUCAGUUCAUCGUUAGUGGUUUGAAUAUUGUUCAUUUGGCAUACAUAUCACUCCUGACAUCUGCAUGGCAUAAAAGGUUGCAUUAGGAAGUUGUUCCACUGGAUGGAAGCAUUGCCCAUGUUGCUAACGUUCUUCAGAAGUAACUUGUAUUUAGCUUCCAUUCAUCACAUUUCAGUAUAUUUUAUGCAGAAAUCCAAUCUGGGGUUUGGUUGCACCUGAACACUUCAUUAUUUAAUGCCUACAUAAACCACCUACUUUUGAGGACUUUAUUGAUCAAGCAGUCAGGAUUGUAAGAGUGCCUUGGUUGCACUAUAGAAAUGCCUUGAGGAAAAUUAAACAAUACUUGAGAAAUGCACUGAAUUCAAGAUCACUUGAGCAAAUGAGGUAACAUUUGGUACCAUUCUGGCCUGUUACCUGGAUCUGGGCUUGGAUCAUUCAACCACCCAGCUAAUAUUAGUGGGGGUCCUUUCCUAAUGUAUGCACUAGUCUAAUUCUGGUGCAUCACAAUUACAUUUCAAACCAGGUGUAGAUCAGCAUGUAAAACCUGAACAUUUUAACCCAGACAGGUGACUUUAAUGGAAUUCAAAUUGAUGACCCCAGUGGCUCAUCUUUAGAGCAGGGUAGGUAGAAUUGAAGGGUUGCAGUCAUUCUAAAACUUGCUAUGUUUGCUUGCUACUUUGACUAAUACUGUUACAUUUUCCUUAUUGAAUAACAUGAUUUGUACUGUUGAUGCCAAUUUCACAUGUAAAAGCUUGUUUGUGGUUCAAAAUUUGUUUGAAGGCUUGAGGCUUAAUCACUUUCAUAUACAGAGCAUAGCAAGGUUAGUCAAAGUUUUAAGCUUUUAAUAAAAUAUGAAAUUUG